AUGCCGCACGUCCACGUCAAAAACGAUACCGGCAAAACGAUCCACGUCGCUUUCACUGGUCUCCCGUUGUCAUACGGGAACAACAUCAUGACCGGGACGAUUUGGACUCGAGAGAACAUGCCCAGCCUCGUCUAUGCCGUGGAAGUUCGUGAAGCAAGUGGUGGAAAACCGUUCACAGAUGACGAAGGCACGGAGAAAGCAGGCCAGAUAGCGGGCGCAUGUGCAGCGGGGUCAGCUAGCAUGCUGGUUGGUACAGUGACGGCUAUGGCGGCGGCCAGAGGGGGGUCGCAAAAAGGGUUCGAUGUGGCAGGCGGAUUGAUGAACCAAGCUUGUGAUGGCGGAAAGGAAUUCGGCUCUGAAUACGACGGCCAUGUGCUAAGGGUCAAGGGAGUGGGCAUCGGUGCUCAAGAGUGCCACUACGCGAUUCGUUUCGAGAACGAGACGUACAGGUUGUUCGAUGAAGUCAAAGAGGACUACCUCUGA